AUGGAGAAUCAUGGCCGCAGAAAUCAUAGCCGUCCGAUUAGCAGCGAGGCCGCCAGCCAAUAUUUCCACCACUCGAGCGCCAAGCGCACCAACACCGACGCCAUUCUCGCCAGAGCGCUGAAGAAGCAAUAUCCCGCGCUCCAUCUCAGCAUCGUGCUCGCGCGGACCGUCAACAUUUUUGCGUAUGCCUCGAGCGGCUUGGCCACGUUCACCGAAAUCGAGGACGACACGGGCGAGGGCGGCGUCCCUGCCUCGCUGCGGCAAAAGUCGUUUAUGCCGCCCGCGAAGCGAGAUGGCGGCAGCACCGGUGCGGUUCUUCGCAUCCCCACGUUUAGCAAGUUUCUGUACUUGUACAAGGAGGACGAGUUCAUCGUCUACUUGGUCAAGGCGCAGGACGGCUUGUACGACGUGGAGGAGACGUACUACAUUCUGUCCCCGGACGAGGCCAAGACGGACGCGCUCAUACAGGCGGCUGGUCUUUGGGGAAGCGUGCUGCACGACGAGAUUUGGGUGUUUGAUGGCGGAUACUGGCGCAAAGACGCUGGUCUAUACGCAAGCGUCAUGAAGGCCUCGUGGGAAGCCGUCAUUCUCGACCAAGACAUGAAAAACGCAAUCAUUGAUGACCACUUGUCUUUUUUCCGAUCGCGCAGCACAUACCAGGAUCUCAAAGUACCUUGGAAGCGAGGGAUCAUAUAUCAUGGACCACCUGGCAACGGCAAGACAAUUUCCAUUAAAGCUAUGAUGCACACGCUGUAUAAGCUGACUCCAGAGGUUCCUACACUCUACGUGCGAUCUCUGACUUCGUUCUUGGGUCCUGAAGACUCCAUCAAGAAGAUUUUUUCUCGUGCGAGACAGUUUGCUCCUUGCUAUCUCGUCUUUGAAGACCUCGACUCCCUCGUCUCGGAUAGCGUGCGGAGUUAUUUCCUCAACGAAGUAGAUGGCCUUCAGUCAAACGACGGCAUCUUCAUGAUUGGAAGCACCAACCAUCUUGAUCGCCUGGACCCUGGCAUCGCCAACCGCCCCUCGCGCUUCGACCGCAAGUACCUCUUUCCUGACCCAAACCUCAAAGAACGGAUUGCCUAUUGCCAUUUUUGGCAAGCCAAGCUUGCAGAUAACAAGUCCAUCGAGUUUCCCGACAAGCUGUGCGAGGCCAUUGCCGAAAUCACAUACGACUUUAGCUUUGCGUACAUGCAGGAAGCAUUCAUUGCAGCCUUGCUUGCCAUUGCCCGCGAUGAACGCGCCAAGGACGGCGACGAGAGCUCCAGCGGCGACGACGAGUACGGUGUAGCCACGGUUGAUCUCGCUGACGAGUGGGUUGGCGUGGUUGACCAGCACCCGGCCAGCCGUGACGAUGUUGACUUGGAGCAUCUCAAGCUUUGGGUGGAGAUUAAGAAGCAAAUCGAAAUCCUUCGCGAGGGGCUGAAGGAGCAGCCAGAGAAUAAAUCAUGA